CUUACGUACAUCCGGUUUCAGUUACAGAUUUCCCUGCUCAUUUCCCUUAUUCAUCCCCUCCAGAUUUUCUCUCCAAGCGUUGAGCUUAGUCUCUAAACUAAACGUGUGAACACUGAAGCGGACUGCAGCCAUGCGGGUGUUUCUGCUGUUGGCGGUGACGGUGCUGUCUCUGAGCCCGGGGGAGGUGAGCGGAGCCGAGAAGAAGAAGCUGCAGAUCGGCAUAAAGAAGCGAGUGGACAACUGCCCCAUCAAGUCCCGCAAGGGAGACGUGCUGAACAUGCACUACACGGGCAAGUUGGAGGACGGCACGGAGUUUGACAGCAGCAUUCCCCGCGACAGACCCUUCACCUUCACCUUGGGCACCGGACAGGUGAUUAAAGGCUGGGACCAGGGCCUGCUGGGCAUGUGCGAGGGCGAGAAGAGGAAGCUGGUCAUCCCCGCCGAGCUCGGCUACGGAGACCGGGGGGCUCCACCGAAGAUCCCCGGAGGAGCGACGCUCAUCUUCGAAGUGGAGCUGCUCAGCAUCGAGAGGAGAUCUGAGCUUUGAUGAAGAGGUGAUGGCGAGGAAGGCAACUUUCAAAACGUUCCAGGAGGUGCUGCAGCACUGAGAUCCUCUGACCUCUGAUGAAGACAACAUGGCAAAUCUGGGAGUAGAGUUGGUACCCACCCGCCCCCAGCAAGAGCCACUGUCCUCCUUUCACUGGCUUUGCUUAUUAUGCUCUGAUUUAUUGGACUGAAGUUAUUAUAUGACACAAGAACUGACCCUGUGUCCUUGUUAAACAUUAGUGGAAUUGACAGUCAGCAGCUAAGCCCAGUAUUUGGCCAGGGGCUGAUGGUAACAUCAUGCUCCUGCUGUAUCAUCUCACUUCUGUUUUUAAUUUUCUGUGAUUUAUAAAUGGUUUCAGUCAUAUCUGUAUUGUUCUUUUUACAAAAUAAUUUAGGUUGUUGAUUUAGUCAGAAGUCGGGCAAGGGACGGAUUAGGAAAAAAUGUUUUUCUUCACAAUAUUUGAAUUCUGAUAAUAAAAUGUUGACCCUAAGGGAA